CUCCCCACCUGAUGAUCCAGUGGGAUUAGCAGGAACCGGGUGGACUACCCCCCCCACCUGCAUCCUGUGCCCAUCCAUGAACUGGGGCAGAGGAGAGGACUGAUCUCGCUACUUGGCCUGACUGGACGUGCUGACCCUCAGGAUCACAGGCAGUGGAAGGAGCAGCUCCUGGAAGGUCGGAGUGGGUCCUGUGACGGAUGGAAGUGACAAGCUGCAGAGAAAACUUGGGGGCGGGGAUCGAGGAAGCCGCGCCCCAGGGCUCCCAGCGCAGCCCCCAGAGGAAUCCUGUGGGCAACAAGAAGCUGUGCGAGCGGCCGGGCAUCGGCGCCGAUGACAGCAGGAGCAGCUGGGCCUGCCGCGAGCCUCCGCGUCCAGCCCCCAACCAGAGUCCUCCAACCCACCCGCAAGGCUCGCGCACCAGCAACGCGGCCCCACCCGCAGGGACCCAGCCCACCUGUGGCGGUACCCCCGCAUCUGCGGCCUCCCCCACCGCUAGCGCGGCCCCCACAAACGACGACUCCCGCGUAGGUGCUCUGCCCACACCCGCCCCCCCUCCCCCCUCCCGCCAGCCUCUGUGCUUUCCCUCCCCUUUCCCUGCUCCUGCCCGGAGCCGCGCCCCCGCCCCCGCAGCCCCUCCUGUGCGCUCGGGCCCCGCCCGUCACCGCCCAUUGGCGCUGGCGCCGAGCGGGGGCGCGGGCGGGGCAGCAGUUCGGAGUCCGUUGCGCGCCGGCGGGGUCCCCAUUGCCUGCCACGCACCCGGACUACCGACUCCUCUCGGCCUCCUCGCCAUGGACGUGGACGACUCCCGGGCCCGCAAGGGCUCCUUGCGGAAGUUCCUGGAGCACCUCUCUGGGCCGGCAAGGCCAUCGGCGUACUGACCAGCGGCGGGAAUGCUCAAGAAAAAUUGCUUUCUUACUACCUGAAAAUUCGUGAAGGUCAAGGGGACAGAGGCUGCAGUGCAUUAAAAGCCACCAUCAAAUGUGGACGUGCACCGAGUUUUUCCCUGUUCUCUCCCACCAUCAAAUGUGGACGUGGACUCGGUUUCCCCGUGGUCUCACCCAUCAUCAAAUGUGGACGUGGACCCAGUUUCCCCGUGUUCUUGCCCAUCAUCAAAUGUGGACGUGGACCCAGUUUCCCCCGUUCUUUCCCACCAUCAAAUGUGGACGUGGACCCAGCUUACCCCUGUUCUUGCUAGCCGUCAAAUGUGGACUUGGACACACUUUCCCUCUGUUCUUGCCCACCAUCAAAUGUGGACACGGAUUCAGUUUCCCUCUGUUCUUGCCCACCAUCAAAUAUAGAUGUGGACUUGGUCACCUUCUGUGCUCACCCACCAUCAAAUGUGGAUGUGGACCCAAUUUCCUUCUGUUCUUGCCCACCAUCAAAUGUGGACAUGGACUCAGUUUCCCUCUGUUCGUGCCUACCUUGCCACCAUGGCUCAUUUCACAAUCACUCAGGAAAGGAAGAAACAUUAUUUUUCAUAGGCAUGAAGGCAGUUGUUUUGAACCUAAGGAACAGGACAUAAUUCCAGCAAUGGAAAUGACCAGCCGAGUGGGUCUGUGUGAGGUUUGGAAGAAAAAAAGGAUUUUAACUUCCCCUCUCUGUGUGUGCCCACCUCCCCCAGUUGAGAGUCACAGAUUUAAUUACUUUAAUUUUGAGCUUAAAAUAAUUUGACAGCCUAACAAAAACUACUAA